UGUCCACCAUGUCCACCAUGUCCACCAUGUCCACCAUGUCCACCACGUCCAGCACGUCCACCAUGUCCACCAUGUCCACCAUGUCCACCAUGUCCACCAUGUCCACCAUGUCCACCAUGUCUAACACGUCCACCAUGUUCACCAUGUCCACCAUGUCCACCACGUCCACCACGUCCAGCACGUCCACCAUGUCCACCAUGUCCACCAUGUCCACCAUGUCCACCACGUCCACCAUGUCCACCAUGUCCACCAUGUCCACCACGUCCAGCACCACGUCCACCAUGUCCACCAUGUCCACCAUGUCCACCACGUCCACCAUGUCCACCAUGUCCACCAUGUCCACCAUGUCCACCACGUCCAGCACGUCCACCAUGUCCACCAUGUCCACCAUGUCCACCAUGUCCACCACAUCCACCAUGUCCACCAUGUCCACCAUGUCCACCACGUCCACCAUGUCCACCAUGUCCACCAUGUCCACCACGUCCAGCACGUCCACCAUGUCCACCAUGUCCACCACGUCCACCACGUCCACCAUGUCCACCACGUCCACCACGUCCACCAUGUCCACCACGUCCACCACGUCCACCAUGUCCACCAUGUCCACCACGUCCACCACGUCCACCAUGUCCACCAUGUCCACCACGUCCACCACGUCCACGUCCACCAUGUCCACCAUGUCCACCAUGUCCACCAUGUCCACCAUGUCCACCACGUCCACCACGUCCACCACGUCCACCAUGUCCACCACGUCCACCACGUCCACCACGUCCACCACGUCCACCAUGUCCACCAUGUCCACCAUGUCCACCAUGUCCACCAUGUCCACCAUGUCCACCAUGUCCACCACGUCCACCACGUCCACCACGUCCACCAUGUCCACCAUGUCCACCACGUCCACCACGUCCACCACGUCCACCAUGUCCACCAUGUCCACCACGUCCACCAUGUCCACCAUGUCCACCACGUCCACCACGUCCACCACGUCCACCAUGUCCACCAUGUCCACUACGUCCACCACGUCCACCAUGUCCACCAUGUCUACCACGUCCACCACGUCCACCAUGUCCACCAUGUCCACCAUGUCCACCAUGUCCACCAUGUCCACCACGUCCACCAUGUCCACCACGUCCACCAUGUCCACCAUGUCCACCAUGUCCACCA